UCAUACAACAUGUUGCGGAAUAGUAGAACGACAGUAGUAAGGAGAAAUAUUCUGCCCACUUUUGAAUAAAUAUUUAUAGAAAUUGCUAUUAGUAAUUCCUUCGUUUUAAAAGUUCUAAUUUUGAGGGCUUAAAUCUCUUUGUUGUUCCCAUCUUCUCUGGCCUCUCUCGGCCAUGGCGACAAAAAGGGUUCCUCACCUCCUAAAAACCCUCGAUCUCUUCCAUGCCAUUUCGAAGGCGAGGGCAAUCAACAUGCUCGUCAGCAAGCACACCGCCAAAUGGAUGCAGGAUACCAGUAAGAAAUCUCCAAUGGAAUCGAUUAAUGAAGUCCGUCCAAUAAAAGUUGAAGGCCGGAUUGUUGCCUGUGGAGGAGAUAGUAAUCCUGCCCUUGGCCACCCACUUGAGUUUAUUUGCCUUGAUCUGGAGGAACCGGCAGUAUGCAAAUAUUGUGGCCUCCGUUAUUUUCAAGAUCAUCAUUACUAAGGGGAUUUAUCUGAAACUUGUUGAUGACGAUGAUCUUAAAUCAUGCCACCCAGGAUGAAUGCCCACAAUUUUCAUUUUAUAAUGGCUGCCAUGCAAAUUUCAGAUCGUGCAGUUCUCUGAGAAUAAAGUGGCAAAAGUUAGAGGUCCACAGAUUUAAAUGGACACUGACAUGAUAUCAAGCGAAAAGACCUACAGUUCAAGAGCAAGAAUAGAUGGUGGACAGCUCUCCUUUGUACAUGCAGGCCAAUUUCCGGUAAUUGUAGCACAACUACGUAAUCAUUCUAAGCCUGUUUACAUCUGGACCUCAUCAGGUGACAAUGAAGAAAAUUUUGCAGAAAAGAAAAGGAAAUCAUGUAAUUGAUUGAAUUCUUCUAAGUUCUUUCAACCUCAACUUUUUCUAUCUGUAUUAGGAUUACUUCUCAUCAAAAUGAGAAUCAUUAUAGACAAUGUUUUAAUUUGGACAUCCUCUAUCUUCUCAAAAUUGAAAUCCAACUUUCGGAAGAAAGAAAUGUGCCGCAUCUUUUUAUU